UUAGUUCAUCGAGAUUUCCCCAGGGUCUUAAAUGGCGCCACCGUCGCUUUUUAGUUCCUUUUUAGCUAUCAUGAAAUUCACAUACAGACACAUAACCUCCAAAACUCAAAAUGUUUUCGAUUAGAAAUAUAUUGGUACCAAACAACUCUUUGUGGAAUGUUCUACGAUGGGCAAGUAAGAAAACCAGCGGUAGUACUCGAACUGCUAAGAAAAGUGGAAUUAAAAAGCACCGAGGUUGGAAACGACAGGAUGGUGAAUGGGUCGAAUCUGGCACCUUACUUGUCACACAACUAAGCUUAAGAUUCCACCCCGGCUUAAAUGUCGGGAUGGGUCGCAAUGGUACACUGUAUGCGAAAAUCCCCGGAACUGUCAUAGUUAGUUGUGAAAAAACAGAUCCGAAUUGGGAACAUACGUGGAUCCAGAAAAAUUAUUCCGACAGAGAGCACACACAAUUCUACAAGAAAUAUUACAACGUGGUACCGAAACCGCAACCUCAAAACUUUAAAUUAAUCGAUCAAGUAUAAAAUUACGCAUCAAACCAGUUUAUUGUUACAUAAUUGAUAGUAUUGCUACACAAAGAAGCGAGUACAGCUUUUUUUUUUA